AUGUCCUUUUUUGAUUCGCUGCGUCAAAAAGCAGCCUCGGUCAACUUCUUGGAUAAACUUACAGAUUCUUCUCAACCUACUUCCAGAGACCAGAGAUUCCGCUCAGAGUACAAACUCCCAUCCGAAGAGACUAUUGUUGAUGAUACAAAUGCCGAUAUCUCCAUCAUGCACCCGCACACUCGGGCAAAAGACCGAAGUAGAACUGGUGGUAAAGAUCGUAACUCGUCGUACGUCUACUCAGGCCGUUUGUACUUGACGCCCCACUACUUUGUCUUCAAGGAUAGUUAUGACAGCGCGUCAUGCAAUUUCACGAUAAACCUGAGCACCAUCAGAAAAGUAGAGAGGGCACCAGCAUCUUCAUAUGAAUCCUCGCUAGCCAUAACACUUUACUGCGAUACCAGAAUGGUAAUUCAAUUUAUUGGCCUGAAAAACCGAACUGAGCAAUUUUGCCGAAAACUGAAGGAUGUUCUUCGAGAGAAUGUGCCCAACACCAAGAAAUUAAUCCCCUUUUUGGACUCUUGUUAUUCGGAAUAUCUGAUUGCCAAAAACGUCCUGAGCAAAUGUGACGCUCGACCAUCGCCUGCAGGUCUUGGCCAAAAGUAUAGAUAUCCAGGCGAUCUUUCCAAGGAGAAAGCAAAGCUCAAAUUAUGGUUUGACUAUUUUCAAGAUCAUGGCAAAAACCUAACGAUAGUCAAAAACCAUCUGUUUUAUAAACUAAUCCGGGUUGGGGUGCCAAAUCGAUUAAGAGGAGAAAUUUGGGAACUGUGUUCAGGAUCAAUUUACAACAGAUUUGCCAAUCCUGACGAAUACCAUAACAUCUUGCAAGCCAAUGCCGGGAAGGAUUCUCGAGCUAUCGAAGAGAUCGAGAAAGAUCUAAAUAGGUCUUUACCAGAAUAUGCAGCUUAUCAAGACGAAGAAGGAAUUAAGCGGCUCCGGAAUGUCUUGACUGCUUAUUCGUGGAAAAAUCCAGAUGUCGGCUACUGUCAAGCUAUGAACAUUCUUGUGGCCGGAUUACUGAUUUUUAUGACUGAAGAGCAGGCUUUUUGGUGCCUGGUGAGUAUAUGUGACAACUACGUCCCUGGGUAUUACUCUAAGACCAUGUAUGGAACAUUAUUGGAUCAAAAGGUCUUCGAAUCUUUUGUCGAGCAAAAGAUGCCUCUGAUGUGGGAGCACAUCAUCGAAAAUGACAUUCAGCUCUCUGUGGUUUCCCUUCCUUGGUUCUUGUCACUAUUUUUUACUUCAAUGCCCCUACCGUUUGCUUUCAGGAUCAUGGACCUUUUUCUACUCAACGGACCUAACGCAUUGUUUCAAGUUGCGCUUGGUAUUUUGAAGGUUAAUGCGGAAGACCUUCUCGAGGUAGAUGAUGACGGAAUGUUCAUUGCCAUCCUAAAGAACUACUUUCAUACUCUGGAACAAAGUGCUCACCCUGAGUCUACCAAUCCUAAAUAUAAACAAAUUACCAAGUUUCAAGAACUUUUGGUGGUUUCUUUUAAAGAGUUCAGCAAUGUAACUGUAUCCAUGGUUGAGCAAGAAAGGGAAAAAUACUGCAAAGAUAUUCUACACAAUAUAGAAUCUUUCGCUAAAAGGACCCAAUUAAGGAAUCUACCACAGGUGCGCAAUCUGACGCAAGAAGAGCUCUCGAACAUUUACGACUUGUUUUACCUUUGUAUCGAAAGCCACAAAAUCAGCAUGGGCACAGGUUCUUCAAACAUGGACUUUGAAGCAUUUAUGCAGUUUCUGAGUUCUUUCUGCGACUGGUGUAAGCCUGGUGACAGCGAUCAUAUACCGAGGUUUCGCAAGCAGAAAAGAGAUUUCCUGAAACGAAUUUUUUCCAAAUGGGAUAGAAACGUAACCGGAGAGCUUACACUCAAUGAUGUCGUGUAUGGGGUUGACAGCUUAUUAUCAAAGGAUAUCAUGUCUUCUAUUAACAACUUCUUUGCGCUGUUCAGCCAAUCCGGAAAAGAUGAGGUUAGUGGCGAAGGUAUAUUGCAGCUCUCAGAAGCUUUACUUUUCCUCACGGACGCUUGGAAAAGCGGGCGCUGUGUCGAUAACUUAACAAAGCAGGCUAUAGAGGACGACAUCGCUGACUCGCUGAUCAUCAAAAAUUCGGGUCAAGGAGAGUCAUUGGAAAACAUACAGCUACCUUCGGGAGUGACCAUUGAUGAGGAAAAGUACAAGCAAGAGCAGGCUGAACGGUACCUCCAGGCGGCAAGCCAUUUUUUACAACGAUCUUUUGAGUACGCAAAAGCUGCGGAACCCGAAGAGGAGGUAGAUUUGCUUGAUCUCUCGGACGGGGAGGGUGACAGUAGUGAAGCCAAGAAGAAGAAAUGGCAAACACUGCGAGCUAACGCGGCUCUAAACCCAGAAAAAAGAUCUGUCAUGAAUUUGGCUACAUUCCGCAUGAUAAUUUUAGCCGACGAGACCUAUGAGAUGUUUUUUGCUCUGACUUUCAGGAAGUCGAUUCAUGUUGGCGAGAAAAUAGGAAGCCUUGAUGGUCGCGGUGGGGCAUUAAGAAAUAUGUUUGACGGGUUGCUGGCCGACGGCAAACGGGUAGCUUCUCAAGUCCGCCGUAGAGUCGACUCUGCUGCAACUAGAAGCAGUGGUUCGUCAGGUGCGGCCAUGGACACACUAGACAGCCAAGAAGAGGUUGACGAUUUCAGCUCUGACCACCCUUAUGAACAUGAAGAGUUACUCAAAAAUGACCUAAUAUCUUUUGAGGAAGAAAGCGAGGAUGGUGUUCGAUCAGAAUCUCAGCGGAAGAAACUGCAAGAUUUCUCGUUCACCGGUUCACUCGGAUCCGGAGACAACAGUUUGAUAGAAUUUGAGACCUAA